UUAAUUCGUACUAUCUAUUUCUUUUUCUUUCCUUUUACAAUUCGAAAUUCUCUUCUACUUGUGAUAAAAAGAAUUGUUUAAUAUUUUUUUUUUCAAUAAUGGCAAUUCUCACAGAUUACCAAGAAGAAAAUCAAGAACAAACCAUGGAGAUCAUUGAGAAAGAACAAGAAAAUUCUUCUACUUUAGCCCCUAAAGAAGAAGAAAUUACAUCUUCAACCCCAAAAGAAGAGAAACUUGAGCCAAAUACGUCCAAUGGACUUGAUAUGGAGAAUUAUUCAUGGGGACAAUCUCUUCAAGAAGUUACCACCAAUGUUCCUGUUCCUCAAGGUACAAAAUCAAGAUUCAAUAAUUGUGGAAAUCAAGGCCAGUACUCUCAAAGUUGGACUAAAAAACCAACCACUAAUAUUAGAUGGUUAAUAUUUCAAGGGAGUUAAAGUUGAUGAAUGUUAUUGGAGUUUAGAAGAUGAAAAGGAAUUUAACUUCAUCUCAAAUCAAAAUAUGAGAAAUUAAUUAAAGCGAAUUAAAAUAUAAUAAACACUGGGGAGGAGCAAUCAACCAUAGGUAGAUGUGGCAUAUUUGAUUUGAAUCAUAAUAAUACUCUAACAAAUGAAUUAAAGGCAAAAGAAAAAGUCCAAGCUAGCAUUUAAUAUUUAAUAAUGAUCAAGUUUCUAAUCGAAAUCUUGUUUUUUUUAAAAAAAUAAUAAUAAUUUAUAUUUUGGAAAAUGGUUCAUAUUUGUAUUUUAAUUCUUAGAAGAGAAUCAUAUUUAUCCUUCAUCAUA